UGUUGCUACACGUGGAUAUGAAAUGAGUGGAGCGGAGCUUUGAUAGCAACGGAUUUCAUCUACUCCUUCUUACCAUGGAUUGCCAAGAAAAUGAGUACCAGGACCAAUGGGGACGGUGUGUCACAUGCCAACAGUGUGGUCCUGGACAAGAGCUCUCCAAGGAUUGUGGUUAUGGAGAGGGUGGAGAUGCAUACUGUACAGCUUGCCCUCCUCGAAGGUACAAAAGCAGUUGGGGCCAUCACAGAUGUCAGACUUGCAUUACCUGCGCCAUCAUCAAUCGUGUCCAGAAGGCAAACUGUACAGCUACCUCUAAUGCAGUCUGUGGGGACUGUCUGCCCAGGUUCUACCGAAAGACACGCAUUGGAGGGCUACAGGACCAAGAGUGCAUCCCAUGCACAAAGCAGACCCCCACCUCUGAGGUUCAGUGUGCCUUCCAGUUGAGCUUAGUGAAGGCAGAUGCACCCACAGUGCCCCCUCAGGAAGCCACACUUGUUGCACUGGUGAGCAGUCUGCUAGUGGUGUUUACCCUGGCCUUCCUGGGGCUCUUCUUCCUCUACUGCAAGCAGUUCUUCAACAGACAUUGCCAGCGUGGAGGUUCGUUGCAGUUUGAGGCUGAUGAAGCAGUGGAGGAGGAAUCUCUCUUCCCCGUGCCACCUGGCCAGGAGACCAGUCCUGAGUCCCCAGUGAGUGAGAGCAUUUUUGAGACCCAGCCACUUAACCCCAUCCUGGAUGACGACUGCAGCUCGACUCGUGGCUUCCCCACACAGGAGUCCUUUACCGUGGCCUCCUGCGCCUCAGAGAGCCACUCUCACUGGGUCCACACCCCCAUCGAAUGCACAGAGCUGGACCUGCAAAAGUUUUCCAGCUCUGCCUCCUGUACUGGAACCGAAAACUUGGGUGGGAAUACAACUGACAGCGCUGGAGACAGGCGGGAACUCAAUGUGCCCUAUGAAGUUCCUAGCCCUUAA